CUUUCGUCUCUGGUAAAGCUCCAUUUCUUGAACCAACCCAAAGCACUUCAUCAUUAUUUUAUUCUAUUUUGAUUGCUUUUCCAAUAAAAUUGAAGCUUUCAAUGGUUUCCUUUCUGGGUUCAAUCCGCGCAAACCCUUCUUCUAUCACCUGUUUUUCCCCUUACAAGCGCCGAAUUUUCUUCGACAAGCCUGCAAUCUCUUUUUCCAGAUAUGGGUCUUCUCCAUUUCAGCGCCUUUUUCGAGCUUGCCUUGAGUCUGAUUCUGCAAGGGGAAAUACCAGAGUACAAUUACCCGUGGAGCAAUCUGAAAUUAUAUUUUUGGGGACAGGAACUAGUGAAGGAAUUCCACGUGUGAGCUGCCUAACAAAUCCUCUGAAGACAUGUCUGGUAUGCUCGAAAGCUGCACAUCCCGGUAGUAAGAAUAAGAGGCUCAACACAAGCAUCCUUAUCCGUUAUCCUAGUCCCUCCGGAGGACGUACCAUUCUUAUAGAUGUUGGCAAGUUUUUCUACCAUAGUGCUCUCCGUUGGUUUCCUACAUAUGGGAUAAGAACAAUUGAUGCGGUUAUUAUUACUCAUUCUCAUGCUGAUGCAAUUGGAGGUCUUGAUGAUCUUCGUGACUGGACAAACAAUGUCCAACCCAACAUUCCAAUUUAUGUGCCAACACGUGAUUUUGAGGUGAUGAAGAAGACUCAUUAUUAUUUAGUGGACACUAGCGUGAUCAUCCCUGGUGCUGCUGUCUCGGAGUUGCAAUUUAAUAUCAUUCAUGAGAAGCCAUUCAUUGUACAUGAUCUGAAGGUUAUCCCUUUACCAGUGUGGCAUGGCCCUGGUUACCGUUCCCUUGGUUUUCGUUUUGGUAAUAUUUGCUACAUUAGUGACGUUAGUGAAAUACCCAAAGAAACUUAUCCGCUUCUGAAGAACUGCGAAAUCCUUGUUCUGGAUGCUCUAAGGCCAGAUCGUUCUUCAGCAACACAUUUUGGACUUCCUAGAGCUUUAGAUGAAGUUCGAAAGAUCCAACCAAAGAGAACAUUAUUCACUGGUAUGAUGCACCUGAUGGAUCAUGAGAAAGUGAGUGAAGAUCUUGAGAAACUGAUGAAGACAGAGGGUCUGGAUGUGCAACUGAGCUAUGACGGGCUUCGUGUGCCAGUAACGUUCUAGCCCUUUCAAGUUCUAUUUUCUUUCAUCAAGCCAUUAUUUUCUAAAUAAACCUAAUCCAAUGUCUGUAUUUCAAAAUGAUUAUUGUUGAGUUUUCGCUCUGUGUGAGAAAUCUCCUCCUGGGUUGAGCUCUGCCCUGUAAACAUUUUCUGCAUUGCUGCAUACAUGAAAUGAUGAGAUGAUUUAUCUCUCAGAUUAAAUCAUCCAUUUUGUUCUCUUCUU